GCUGCAACAUCCGACCUAAGACCCUACUUUCUCAGAUUACUUUGCUUUGGGAAGUCUGCCUUCUCUCUAUUAUAUCUUUUCCAGAUGGCUGUUGUUCCCCGGAUUAGUGGACCUCGGUGAGCUUAAGGUAUUCCCACACGCCACACCCAACCGCUGGUGUAAUGUCCUUGGACGAGGUCAAACAACCCUGAUUAAAUAUUUACUAUAAUGGCUUGGCCGAAUCCUUUUCGCAGACGGGAUCAUAACACCCGCACCUAUUGGGGAUAUACCUUUCAAUUAACGUCUGAUCAUCUCACCCCGGAGCAGGCGUAUCCCUUGAGAUAUACUUAUGACACCCUGGGAGAGGAAUGUUACAACAUCCUAUCUGAGAUUAAUUCCAAGGAGGAGCCUCAGAAAUCCGGGUCAUCACAUACCACAGAUGAAUCCGAUUCUAAAGGUGGUCAAAUGGCUGCUAAUAACGACGAGAUCAAAUCUAACAGUAAACCUCCCAAGCUGAAACGAGACUUAUACGCUGUACUACGAGAUAAUCACGACAAACAUCCUAAACUUCAAGAACUCUGGGACGAGGUCAAUACCGUCCCCGACUGGGUCGACUGGGAGCAAAUUGCACGAGGUCAGGAUGUGUUCUACCGAUAUGGAGCAGCGACGUUGACAGGACUGGCCUACCAAUCAUUACUCGGUGGGAUGGGAGCUAAUCGAGUCGUCGAAGUUCUCGCACGCACGGGCGGGUUCUCAGUCAAAGUUGCCAAACAUCGGCUAUUCGAAACGACACAACAUAUCCUCGAAUGCACACGGUCACUGGAAUCCAUCCAACCAGGAGGAGACGGAUUCGCAUCUAGUCUACGAGUUCGACUCCUGCACGCUGCGGUGCGACGACGAAUCAUGAAACUCGCGCAAACGCGACCUGAAUAUUACUCCGUAGAAGAAUUCGGCAUCCCCAUCAACGAUCUCGACUGCAUCGCCACCAUAGGAACCUUCUCCAGCACCAUCAUCUGGCUAUCUCUCCCCCGACAGGGCAUCUGGCUCCGCCAACAAGAAAUCCUCGAUUAUAUCGCCUUGUGGCGACUCAUCGCCCAUUACGUCGGCACGCCGACCGAAUGGUUCGAAACCCCCGCCCGCGCCAAAGCCAUGAUGGAAACGCUCAUCAUGAACGAAAUCAACCCCACUGAAACCAGCAAGAUCCUCGCCGCUAACAUCAUCCGGUGUCUUGAAUCCGCUCCACCGACUUAUGCAUCCCGGUCCUUUCUUGAAGUCAAUGCCCGCUGGCUCAAUGGAAACGAACUCUGCGACGCAUUGGGCUUGGGUAGACCGAGUCUUUGGUACUGGGCGAUUAUGGCCGGACAGUGUAUUUUCUUCAUGUCGAUUUGUUAUUUAUACAGGUCGAUUCCGAGUCUUGAUCGUCGCAAGGUCACGGCACUAAAGCGUGCGUUUUGGAUGUGGAUUGUAGAGGGGAAAUAUGGGUUGGGUGGGCAGCAAAGUGUUUUUGAUUUCAAAUAUAUACCUGAUUUCAAUGUGGCGACCGUGAGAGGUGGGGAUACAGAGGUCAAGGUCAAGGAACAUGGUAUUGAGAGGAGGAAUCUAAAUACUUUGUUGAUUGCGACGGGGUGUUUGGCUGCUGUUACAUAUGUUGGCACCAAGGUAGCAUGUGGGAUUCUAGGGAGGUUAUUCUAAGUAGGGGGGAGACCC